ACCGAGAUGGAACUACAAGUUAAAACCAUCAGCAGCUAUAGACUAUAGUUUAAAAGCGCCGUCACCCCCCGCUUGCUUCUUCCUUCCUUGAUUUCUCCUUCCUAAUUUCUCUGCCCAAACAAAAAGCACACCAACAAAGACAGCAAGACAGUGCUUUGUUAUUUGGAAAAACAUGCCACAAGAACUUCCGGGGUUUUAUUAUGAUAAAGAGAAGAACAGGUAUUUUCCUCUCAAAGGCCCAAUUCCGGGUUCCUCUCGCUCUUCUUCUUCUUCAAACAAAGCUAAAAAACCAUCUACAAACAAUACCCAGGAAUCCAACUUUUGUAGGAGAACUGGAGUAAGAAUAUCCCAACUGCUUCAGGGUAGGGAGUUGAAUGGUAAUGUAAUAACUUCCAGCAAAGGGAAGUGUGACUUCGUGGAGGAAUUCCUAAAGAUACAAGCAUCCAAACCAGUGGUUUGGAAGUACCGGUCAACUGAAAAGAUAGCCGAUAGUGCCAUGGACCAAAUACAUAUUGAUAUUCACACAGCAGAAGGUCAAACUGAAGCAAAUGUUCUAAUAACAGGCGGUGUAAAUGGCUCUCUGAGUCUUUUUGAAGUAGGAAAAGUUGGAGAACAUAAUCAUGGGGUAGAAUGCAUUCCAGAUCGUAUGUGGCCUGUCAUUGAAGAGAAGAGAGCAGAGUGUGGUAAAGACCCUGGGUGUAUCUGGAGACCUCCAGGAGCUUCUCUACAUAUGUCUUCAAAUAUAUCUUGUAUAAAAAUGUGUGGAAAGCACUCUCCCAUCCAGCGGGCAUUGAUAACUACUCUUGGAUCCGAGACAUCCGGAGGAUCUGUUUAUAUUCUUAACCUUGUCGAACCAGUAGAUUUUGAUUCAAGUUCUGCUAUAGGUGAAAUGAUGCACAAAACUGCUGAUUUCAAUUGCACCAUUUGGACUGCAGAUUGCAGUUAUAACUCGAAUCGGGCAGUGAUUGGAACAAAUGUAGGAGCUGCCCUGGUCAAUUUGGAAACUGGAAUGACAUCAUGGGUGUGUAGAAGCAAAAGUGAUGUUUUGUCUCAACAGCUUGAUCCAUCGGGGAACGUUGUUUUAUGUGGGCUAAGAAAUGGAGCAAUUUUGACCGUUGAUGUUCGUGAAAAACAAGAGAGGGUUUCAGAUAGAUUUAUUAGGCAUAGAAUACCUUAUUCAUCACUGGGCAGACAGGGUCCAAGUUCUAGCAAACAAUGGUUUGAGGUCAAAGGAAACAUAUACCCUUCUCGUACUAUUUUGAUGCCUUCAUCUGUAUGCAGUUUGGUAUCGCUUCAGUCUUACGACCAGUACUUCUUGGCUAGCUCUAUGGAUGGAUUGAUUAAGCUUUAUGAUCAACGCAUGACUAAGAGAGGUGCUGUGCAAUCUUAUGAAGGACAUGUGAACUCUCAUACUCGUUUACAGCUUGGAGUAGACCAAUCUGAGAGAUUUGUUAUGGCAGGAGGAGAGGAUUGCAGUUUGCGACUUUGGAGCAUCAAGUCCGGCAAGCUGCUUUUCGAGGAAAAAAUUUCUGAUUCAAUUCUCUCAACUGUGUGUUGGAAGAGAUCUGAAAGACUCGUGAAGACAUUGAAUGAAGGAAAAAGCUAUGAAGAGUGCUUAUCUAGGCAGAACCAUAGUUGGGGGACAUGGUUUGGAUCACAGGAAGGACUGUUCUACAUUAGUUGGUCAUGAGUCAAGAGCACCAUUGAUUAAAAUAUACCAGUGUGGGGAAAAAGAGUCACCGUGGAUUUAAAUCUCCAACGCUGGAACAUUUCCUGGAAAUGUUCGAGCGCACGAAUUUUGUUGAUACUGGAACAUUUUGUAGAUGGCAGUAACCUAACUCUUCUUUGUAUCUCAGUGGAGAUUUUUAGGAAACAAAUUAAGGUCAUGUCGUCUUGUUUUGAUUUAAGAUGGUAAUAAAAUUUGUAGAGAAUCACAGUGAUUUGCAAAUUUCAACAAAUACCAAAUGACAAACAUUGGUUCUCUGUGAAGAAA